UGCUGAUGUCACCGCAGUCUCAAAUACGUGGCAAUCACGGAAGAAACAGUGGCCCGCCUCCGCCGCCACCCGCGACAGUCGUAGUCAGCUCGACCUCCAGCAUGAGACCGCCGCCGCCACCGCCGCCUCCCAGAGCGAGGACUUCCAAUGAGAGCAAAGGCCAUCACGAAGAGCCCACCAGCUCUAUUCCCGAUCUCGGUAAGUUCAUGAUGACUAUUUUGGUGCCUGUAUCCAUAUUGUCGAGCAUAAACGUAAGUUCUUAUAUAAUAAUUAUCUAUAGUAAACAUUAAUCACAUUAUAGUGAUAAUAAUGUUAUAUGUAUACAUAUGUCUAUGUUUUGAGUUUUGACAUUUGUAAUCCGCAUUCGAUCAAUGGAAUAAAGUUGAGCGAUGUUAAAAAAUAAAUCGACAAUACAAAUAACCGAUUUGAAAACCUAUAUACAAUGAUUUUUGAUUAAUAAUACAUUUUUUAUUUUAUACAACGCAUCGAUAAUA